AUGGUUUAAGAGUGUUAACACAAAAAAAAGAAUGAAAUUUUAAGGAAAUUGCCUGAUUCGUAUAUUAAUGUAUUUGAACAACUCUCUGUUAAACCAGGGGCUUAAUUGUAUUGCGCUUAUGAGUCUUUUGAACAAAAGAAUCCUAUUGAGGAUGAUGAAUUGAGAAAUAGUAAAAGUCUGUUGAGCGAGGCAGUAAGUGAUUGUGUAAGAUGUGCAUAAUUUGAAAUAAACCCUGAAUAUUAGAUAAAAUUAUUAAAGUCAGGAAAUUACGGCAAGAUCUUUUUGGGAACUCAAAAUUUAGACCCGAAUAUAUUUAAUGAAACAGCUAGAUAUUUGAGAGUCGUUAAUUCCUUGAGAAGAGGUGGAGGAGUGGGAGGAAGAGUGGUAACAUAUGAAUAAGUAUUGCAAUUGAUUAAGAUUCCAGAUAUUAUGAUAGGGUUGCUAUUAAGAUAUAAUUUACAUUAUCUAGCUGUUGAAGUUUCUAAUUUUCUUAAAUUUUAAAUCAAAUAAAGGGCCUCUAUUUAUACACAUUGGGCGUGUCGCAAAGUUGAAGUUCAAGAAGACGAUGAUGUCCUAUGUGAAAUAAUUAAGGAGAAAAUAAAAGAAGAAAGAGGAGUCUCAUUCACUUAGAUUGCAUAGAAAUCAAUUGAAAUAGGAAAAUAAUAAUUGGCUUUAAAACUAUUGGAUAACGAGUAGAGUCUAUCUAAACGAAUUCCAGUUUUGAUUUGGAUGGCCAAUUUCCAAUCAGCUAAUAAUAAUAACUCUUAUUAUGAAAAAGCAUUAGCUGAUGCAAUUAUAUCAAAAGAUUCCAAUCUACUAUAUUUUGUGAUAAUGAAAUUCUUAAAAACUGAAAUGAAUGAGACUUAUAAAUUUAGCACUCUCGUCAGACAAGAUCCAGUCUCAUAAGCAUUAAAUUUUGAUGAUAAAUAUUUGUAAAAAUAUUUACAAUAUUACAAGAAAUUUGAUGAAUGUGGCUUAUUAGCAAUCAACUAAGCUUAUCAACAAAACAAUUUAGAUGAGAAAAUCAAAUUCUUAGAUCAAGCUUUAAAGUACUUUGCAGAUGACGAAACCGACUAAUUUUAUAAGAGAAUCAUAGCUGAAUAAAUCAUAAUACUAAAAGAUUUGAAAUCCGAAGUAGAAAAAGGCAGAAAGAAGCCAAACCAAAACAUCAUGGAAGAAAGACCUAUUAAUUCAAUCAUGGAAGCCUUUUUCGUUAAGGACAAACCAGAUUUCGCUCAUGAAUUCGCUAAAACAUACAAAAUACCAGAUCGUAGAAUUUACUUGACUAGAGUUAAAACCUUAAUCAAUAAGAAGAAUUGGGAUGAAUUGGAUAAGUUUAUGUAGGAGAAGAACAAGAAAUCUAUUAUAAUACCAUACGAAUUAGUGGCAGAACUACUGUUUAAAGCAGAUCAAGAGGAAAGAGGUAUUUCUAUACUCAUGAAAAUGCCUGAUGUUGAAGAAUCCUGUAGAACCUUAAUAAGGAUUGGAUAGCAGAGUUCUGCCGUUCAGGUUGCAAUAAACAAUAAAAAAAUCUAAUUACUUUAUGAUAUCAGGGGGUUGAUCUUUGAUAAUUCAGCCAAGGCAUUGCUGGAAACUUAUUUAAGCCAAAAUCAAAAAUGA